AUGAUGCCAUUUGGGCUUAAGAAUGCAGGUUCCAUGUAUCAAAGAGCUAUGACAGCUAUCUUCCACGACACGAUGCAUCAGGAACUUGAGGAUUAUGUCGACAAUAUAGUCGUAAAGUCUAAAACUAGAGAAAGUCAUGCGAGAACCCUCAGGAAAGUCUUUGAGAGAUGUCAUCAUUACAAAUUGUGCACAGAUCCUUUGAAGUGCGCAUUUGGGGUGACAGCUGGAAAAUUUCUAGGAUUCCUUGUUCAUCAAAAGGGAAUCGAUGUGGACCCAUUGAAAGUGAAAGCCAUAGUCACGAUGAAACCCCUAACAUCAGUCAAAGAAUUGAAGUCCUUCAUAGGAAAGCUCUCUUACAUUCGAAGAUUCAUACCAAGGGUAGUUAAGGGUCAGGCAAUAGCGGAGCUUCUAGCCCAAUUCCCCGGAGAAGACAUCUCACAAAUCACAGAUGAAGUGCCUGGAGAAAUCGCAGAGGUGGCAUGCCUAAAGGAGAAUAAAUGUUUGUGGGAGAUGACAUUUGAUGGAUCUUUCAUUUCCACUGGCGGAGGAGCUGGUAUUGUCCUAGCUAAUGGGGAAAACGAAGCCCUAUCCAUGUCUUUCAAGUUAGACUUUCUUUGCUCUAAUAAUGCGGCGAAGUACGAAGCAGAUCUUAAUGGCCUAGCAAUAGCACGAGAAAUGGGAAUCAAGAGGCUCAAGGUGCGGGGAGACUCGAAUCUUGUGGUAAGUCAAGCGAGGGGUGACUUCUCUCACAAAGAGCCCUCGCUGGCCCCAUAUCUAGCAAUGGCUCAGAGGCUGGAGGAUCACUUUGACGAGUUGACCCUAGAACACACGCAAAGAUCAGACAACCGCCAUACUGAUGCCUUAGCGACACUUAGGUCCAAAAUCAUGUUCAAAGGGGAAAGCACCAAAGUUACCAUCCAUAAAAGAAGCAUCCUCAUUACACUACUCUUGCAAGAGGAGUUUAAAAAUAGGACCACAUGA